CUCACCAAAAAGACCCAGAAAUAGAAUCCAGUGUAAUCACCCAGGGGCGGACUGCCAACUCAUGGGGCCCCGGGCAAUAGGGGAUCAUGGGGCCCCUGUGUCCUUGCCCAAGCUCAAAAAAGCCUAUGGAAAAGGUACCAGGGGCAUCUCAUGGGGCCCCCUACUGACCCCGGGCCCUCGGGCAGUGCCUGAGUUUCCAAAUGGUCAGUCCGCCCCUGGUAGCACCAAACAAUGGGGGGGCUUUUAAAAGCAUUGCUUAUGGAAAAAAUAGGGUGCUGAC